CGAAUGGUCAUUUCGCGACAACUCAACCCGCUUCUGCAUGCCCUACACUAUAUAUAUGACUCGAAACUUGACUCUGUUUGCUGAGGUCUGCCGCGGUCCCUGCAGCACGAACAAUUUCGUAAUCAUCCAUCGUCUUUGCGUGCUCCGCUUGCAUCUCAGCUCCCUGAGCUAGAACUAGCGCAGCAGAGCAAUAGCGCUAGCGUUAUGGCAGGCCUGUUCGAGCCCGGCCCGGCUGGGUUUCGUCGGCAAGUGCGCGCAGUGCGCGUGACUGCCGGAGUCAUGCUGCUGGCCGGGGCGGGUCUCGCAGCCUAUGCGACGUUCAGCGCCGGGCGCGGACUCUUCUCGCUCGUUUCUGGGCAGCCGAGCAGAAGCGGCAGCAGCAGCGGCAGCAGCGGCGGCAGCAGCAGCGGCAGCGGCGGAGGCGGCAGCAGCGGAAGCGGCAGCAGCGGGGCCUAGUACACGUGGCGCUAGCUGGUGGGGGUCUCAACCCAGGCCAUGCGGGGUAUUGCAGCCCGGGGCCCGUGCAGGGCCAGCAACUUCCCUUGUGUUAUGAUGUUUGGUUUUACUACAGAAGCAGCAGGGCGGCACAGGCUGGCACCCAGCACUAGCUGGCGGGGGGUUUAAAAAGAGUUCUUGCGUCUGGCGCAGCGUGUGACGUUUGAGGGUUUCAAGCAGGAGCAACAUUCGCCGCAGCAGCAAUUUAUGCAUGCAUGCCAGAGCCCCGGGUCCGCCUAAGGGCUGGUGUAGCGCUGCUAGUGUGGCUCGCCAAUCGGCGGAAUGGGCCUGGAUGGCGCGCUGCUGGCUAGUGGCGUCUCGGGGAAGCUGGCGGCGGCUGGCGGCAACGGCUGACGGCGGCGGCUGACGGCGGCGGCUGACGGCGGCCGCUGGCGGCGGAUGAGAGCGGCGGCACCCCAUACCUGCUGCCUGGGGCGGGGGCGAGGUGGAUGGAGGUGCCGGGGGCGCGCACCCAUCCAGAUAGCCGGCGUGGCGGCGCCUACGGCCUCGGCCUACUGCUGCUGCGGGCGUGGCGGCGGCGGCGGCUGCUGUCUGGCGGCGGCGCCCCUGCGGGCUGCUGCUACUGCUGUACACGGCACUACCGUACUGGCAUGCAAGUACGGCACCGCUGGCAUGCAAGUCCGGCACGCGGCAUCUGUCAUAUAGCAGUGAUGAUGCAGCCGAGGGCGUGAGCUUGAGGGAGGGAGGGAAGCAGCACGGGUGGCAGUGCUGCAGAGGACCAACACACGAGCAGGACGCGCAUACCGCCGGUCAAGCCAUAGUCAUAUUACGAGCACGCACGCACGCACAUGGUGAUGCCAAGCUGUGUAUGCUACUGUGGUGGUAUGGAUUCGGUUUUGGUGCUGGGUGGGUGGGCACGACUAAACGGCGAGCAGCACGGAUUCUGUUCGCAUUGUUAGUUGUCGUCAAAAACAUCGACGAUACUGCAUUAUGACGAUGGUGGUGUGGUGCAAGAUGGGCGCACUGAAGCGGUGGCGUUGUGGCUACGGGCUGCUGUGCUAGUGGGUGGCAGCAGAUAGGAGGUGGCCGGUGCGUUGCAUUUCCGGCGUCUUCACCAAUUUCGAGCACACAAGAGCCGUACGUAGCAGACAUUGGACCACUGACUCUGACAUUGGCAUUGACAUUGGCAUUGACUUCUAGGGGGCUUGUGACACAGGGCGGCGGUGUGUGCGUGUGCGGUGGCUCUCACCAAGGGCUGGUUCUCACGCAUCAAGGACGGACACAGCAGGCGACCGGGGGCGUGCCGGUAUUGGGGCGGGGGAAUGGGGGCGGGGCAUGAGGCACGGGGGCACGGGGGCGGGGCACGAGGCACGAAUGCGGGGCACGGGGCACGGCGUGGAGGAUGGGAUGAUGGAAGCAGGGAGGAGUUGGCUCGAAGAGGUAUUGGUCCAUUGCCGUCGUGUAGCAUGGCGUGCAUGCAGCUACCUUAUUUGUCGUGUC